CUGUCAAAAUUGUUUUGCUUGUUGUUAAUACAGCGUCUUUAGUGUCAUUCAUUUUUGUUGUAAUUUUUCGAAACUUUUUUAUGUUUGCAAUCAUUUUACAAUACGGAAAUAAUCUGCAUAACAUGUAAAUCUCGAAAUGACGUCAUUGCAUGAUUGACCUCAAUGUUAUUGUUUUGAUCAUUCUGGCUGACAUUUUUGUGCAGAUAUCGGAGACAUGCCCAGUUCCUUGCUAGAGUUGAAAAUUCAGAAUUGUAAAGCCUCAAAAUGGGAGGAGCUGUGAGCACUGGAGAAGACAAUGAUGAUCUUAUUGACAAUCUGAAGGAAGCUGAUUAUAUAAAGAGCUCUAUUGUUGAAAAAGUGUUCAGAGCAGUUGACCGUGGUAACUAUUAUCUACCGGAUCAAAGAGAUUCUGCAUACAAGGAUUUAGCAUGGAGACAUGACAGAUUGCAUCUUUCAGCUCCUUGUAUUUAUUCUGAGGUGAUGGAAGCCUUGCAGCUUGAAUCAGGGUUAUCUUUUCUUAACCUUGGAAGUGGUCUCGGCUAUCUGAGUACAAUGGUUGGACUUAUAUUGGGACCAUAUGGUGUUAACCACGGAGUUGAGCAAUAUCCUGAUGUUGUGGAGUAUGCAAUGGAAAGACUUGCUGAAUUCAAACGGAACAGUUCAGCAUUUGAUGAGUUUGAGUUUUGUGAGCCAAAGUUCAUUGUUGCCAAUUGCCUUCAGCUGAACUCUGGUUGCCAGCUGUAUGAUCGAGUGUAUGUUGGUGCUGCUUGUCCACCAGAGCAUGAAAACUACAUGAAAAAUCUUCUUAAAAUUGGAGGGAUCCUUGUUAUGCCAUUGAAUGACAGAUUGAUUCAAGCCAAAAGGGUCAGUGAGACAGAGUGGGACAUCAUUAACAAGCUACCAGUCUCUUUUGCCACCUUAGUUUCUCCAUCCCCUGACACUCCACCAGAUCUCAUUGACCUGCCUGAGCCUGAUAAGCCCACCCUCCAGGAAAUGUGCAGAACAACAGUGAGAAGAGUGCUGCGGACAAACAUACAUUUGCGCCACCCAGAUCUGUCCAAAGUUAAAAAGCGCAAGAAAAAGCCAAAAAGGAAGUCGCCAAAAGGAGCCCUUUCAAAUCUAAAUAUUGUCCCUCUCAGUAUGGGAAUGAUGAUCUUACAGCAACAGUUUGAUAGAAACAGUGGCAGUGAGGACAGUCUUGAUGGUGAAAUUGAUGAUAAUGACAGAGAAGUGGAGCAAGAAGAUGAUCAUGAUAUAAGUGCAAGCAGUGCUUAUGAUGUUGAUAUGGUAGAGAAAGAGGAAGGUCUUGAUAAAAGUGACAAUGAAGAAGGGAAAGAGGGUCAGUUUUCUACAGAUGAGGAAUCUGUUGGUGAUUGUAAGGAUGUGGCUAGUAAAAAUGGUUUGGAUAAGACUGAAUCUGUCAAAGUUGAAACGUCAGUGCUUGUUCCUGUGAAAGAAGACAUACAUGAGUCAGAUGAUGAUAAACUAAGUGGCUAUGCAAGUGGUGAAAGUGAUCAUGAAAAUGAACAGGACAAUGACACUGAUGCAGUGAUAGACCAAGUUGAUAAAGCGAACAAGACAGCUGCAUGUGAUACAAGUAAUGGGCAAAGAAGGUCUAAAAUGGAGGAAAUGAUUGCUGGCAUUGUUGCUUCUAGUAGUCGAUUUGAAAGAGACUUGAAGUCAACAACCCCACCAGAUGCAAACUGGUCAGAUACAGACAGCGACGGUGAUGACCACAAGAAAUACAACAUUGAGGAGUUCCUGAAAUGCGAUGUCAGGGAAAGACAACCAACCAAACAGAGAUAUUCCUCUACAACAAGUGUUGAUACAUCCACAACUUCAGGGAUUGGUUCAUUUGUCGAAGACCACUUGGAAGCAGAGAUGGGAAAAUCUGACAAUGAAAAGGUAUCUCCUGGUUAUAGCACAUGUGAGCCAGAGAACACUGGAAUCAAAAAACUCAAGUGUCAAAACAUGGAUAUUGAAGAGGAUGAGGAGGAAGACACGGACGAGACAGUAGAUAAUGAAGGUGAUCAAGUAACUCUGUCCAAAUACCUGAUAGAAGAUAUUGAUUCUCUGACCCUCCCAACAGCUCUGAAAUCAUACCUGAAAUAUUACAGGGAGUAGAGUGGCUGUAAAGAUACUUACGAUGUAAAUGUAUAUAUGUAUAUACUUGUUAUGUUACGACUUGACUCUGUAGUGAUAUGUGUAUAUACUUGUGUAUACAUGGUGUUAUAAAGAAUGUGAUAAAAUUGUCUUUGCUUUAAGACUGAAGAGUUGAGAUAUCUUUGGAGAUUUCUGUUAUAAAUGUACCGUAUCAAUAUGUUUACUAUCACAACACCAAGGGCUUUAUUAACCAGUAGCACUAUUACAACUACCUAAAAUGACAUUUAACUUGAAGUUUUAAUGCUAUUUAAUACAUUGAGCCCUUUUAAUGUAUAUAAAAAAGAAUGUCAUGUUCAUGAUUGUAUAUCUUUUGUUGUUAAAUACUAAAUUCAGUUACAAUUUACAUAGAAUACAUCAUGCAGUGUUUUAUCUGUACCUAAUAUGGAGCUGAAAAUUGGGCCCCAUGAUUCUCAAUUCAAUUCACAAAAAAGCAAAAUUCACAAAUCUGAAAAAAUAUGGUAUUUUGCAUCUAUUUCGUCCAUUGUUUUUUUCAUGGACAUUUGUAAAUUUCUUUCAAUUAGUGUGUUUUAGCAUAUAAUUUACAUUCAGCAAUAGUAUAAGCCCAAUUUCUAGCCUUUUUUUUUUCAAUCAAUUAAAAAAAAAAUUUACAAUUAAGUGUCUGCAUUUUCACAAGUGAAAUGGUCACGGGCCCCGUUCAAAAAAUAAUCUGAUAAAACACUGACAUGUUGAAUAAUCAAUUUUUGAACUGAAUACAUUGUGAUUUCAGUAGCAUUUUUAACUUUCACAUGAAAAGCAAAAUAUUGAACAUACUUAAUGACACAUAUAGGUCCGUGUUCAUGAUUAAGAAAAUCUUGGAACCGGAGAUCAUGUUUGCUUUCAUAUACGUUACAUUCAGGCUUAACACAUUCUGUCAUUAAAGCUGCACUCUCACAAACUUACUAUUUUGACAACUUUUUUUUAUUUUUUGUCUUGGAAUGAGCCAAUUUUUGGGUAAACAUCUUCAAACGAGUGAUAUAAGACUGCUGACAAAAGAUCAGUUUGCAGAUUUUCAUAUUUCCAUUCGAAAAUUAAUGUUUUAUGGCUUAAACCAUUACUAACAGUUUAAGAAAAAUGCAUAAAACAUCAAUUUUUGAACUUAAAUAUAAAAAUCUGUGAUCUGCUUUUUUGUCAGCAGUCUUAUAUCACUCGUUUGCAGAUAAUUAUGCAAAAACUGGCUUAUUCCAAGACAAAAAAUAAAAAAAGUUGUCAAAACGGUAAAUCUGUGAGAGUGCAGCUUUAAAGUAGGAACAUAAAUGACAAGAAAAAGAAACGUUUUCAAAGGAAUUUUUUGCUUUGCAAUGUAUAUUUAAUUUUGUCUUAUUCUGUUAUCAUGUUUGUUGUUUGUUCUCAUAUUCAUUUGAAUAUACUUGGCAUGUGCAAUGUAAAUACAAUGUAAGUCAAUAAUGUGUUAUAAGAAUGUAAGAUAAGUUUUUGUUUAAGUUAUUUUCCUAUAAAUAAAGUUUAAUUUUAGACAAAAAUAAUUGACCCUAUUAUAGAGCAGUAAUUUUAAUGAUUUGCAAUAGCUCUUGGCUUUCAAUUAAUCCAACAAGUGGACCUUUGUUGCCAUUGUAGAAGUUCGCUCUAACUAGUCAUAAAAAUAAAUAAUUUAGUUUGUAUAUAUUUUCCUAUUUUUUUAAAUUUCAUUAUGUUCCCUUUUCUUUAAGAUAGUUAUAUUAAUUGAAGGUAUGGUCAAGUUAUGAUCUACUUUAUUGCCAUCAAAUGCUUUAUCUGCACAAUUAGUUAUAUAGAUUUUGCAUUUUGCUUUCAUUUCCAUUUACCUCAUUCAUGAGAAGACGUAAUCUCCAAGUUGAAUUCAACUCCACAACCUGUAUGCUGUUGAGUUAUGCAGUUAAUAAAAUACAAAUUGACUUACAGCCAAGAGUUUGAUAUUGAAUAGUUAUUUGCAGACUGCUAAAACAGAUCUCAAUUUCAAUUCUUGCGUGAUUUUUAAAUUAAUUAACUUGAUACAUUUGACAGUCAACAGUGAUUUAAUAUAUCUGUGAGCAGUGUAAGGUGAGGGGACAUGCACUACAAAGAGAACUGGGUGUUAUCUCUUGGAAAAAGGUUUGAAACUGAAAUAUUGUAGACCAAUUCCACUGUCAUUAAGUUCAUGGUAAAAUAAUAAUCAAUCUCAUUUAUGACGUAAUUGAUUUAUAAAGUGUAGUUUGUUUUCAUGUGAACAGUAUUCAUAAAGGCUGCACUCUCAUAGAUUGCAGUAUUGACUUUUUUUAAAUUUUGUCUCAGAAUCAGCUGAUUUUGGCAUCAAUGCCUUCAAAUCAGUCAUAUAAGAUAACUUGCUAAAGAACAGGUCACAUUUAUUCAAAAUAAAAAAGGCCGAUGAAAUUUUCACAUUUGGUAACGCUUUUAGCCAUAAAACAUCUAUUUUUUACAAUAUGUACAAUUAUGAUUUAAUCUUUCGUCAGUCUUCUUAUAUCACUGGUUUCCAUACAUUUUCCCAGAAAUAAGCUCAUUCCAAGAUUAAAGUUAAAAAAGUUGUCAAAAUGGUCAUUCUAUGAGAUUGCAGAAGGACGUUGACUUUGGCUAUAUUUCAAAUUUGAUCCAGCCAAUGUUUACUCUAUCUCCUACACUGCUUAGGGCUUUGGUUGCUACUAAAAUGACAUGACUGUAUGUGCUAACAUCCAACAGCAACAGUAACCAGAGUGUAUUUUCUUCUGGCCCCAAUUUCUCGAAACAUCUGAAGUCCCUUAUAACAGGAUGAAAUAAGCUCACUAUUUUUGUUUUGGUAUAAUUUGUGCAAUUUACAUUCUUAAGAGUUUUUGGACUUAAAAUGGAAAUUAUCUCUAUGCUAAUCAUGAUAAGCUAUUUUUUGAAUGUUAAAAUCAUGGUUAAGUAAGAAAUUUGACUUCAUGAAAUACCUUAAGCUGGUUAGGCUUGAGAAGUUUGGAGAAAUUGGGGCCAGAAGUUUAAAAAAAAAGAAUAUGGUAGAAAUACAUGUAUUACCCGGUAUUUCUAAUGCAUAUGAACAUUAUCAGGGUUAACAAAGCAAUAAAUUAUGGCACUUUACUAUCUUAAAGAUACAAGGCUGAUAGAAAAUUGUAGAAUACAGGUAUUGUGUACCCUGUUUUUUCUGUAAGUAUUGUGUAAAUUCACAGUUGUUACCAAGUUGACCUGUUGCUAGAGAAUAAAUAUUCUGUCUUGUU